AUGCUGCUCACUCAUUCUGCAUGCGCUUCUUCUUCAUCCCAUCAUGCUGCUCGCUCAUUCUGCAUGCGCUUCUUCUUCAUCCCAUCAUGCUGCUCACUCAUUCUGCAUGCGCUUCUUCUUCAUCCCAUCAUGCUGCUCACUCAUUCUGCAUGCGCUUCUUCUUCAUCCCAUCAUGCUGCUCACUCAUUCUGCAUGCGCUUCUUCUUCAUCCCAUCAUGCUGCUCACUCAGUCUGCAUGCGCUUCUUCUUCAUCCCAUCAUGCUGCUCACUCAUUCUGCAUGCGCUUCUUCUUCAUCCCAUCAUGCUGCUCGCUCAUUCUGCAUGCGCUUCUUCUUCAUCCCAUCAUGCUGCUCACUCAUUCUGCAUGCGCUUCUUCUUCAUCCCAUCGUGCUGCUCACUCAUUCUGCAUGCGCUUCUUCUUCAUCCCAUCAUGCUGCUCACUCAUUCUGCAUGCGCUUCUUCUUCAUCCCAUCAUGCUGCUCACUCAUUCUGCAUGCGCUUCUUCUUCAUCCCAUCAUGCUGCUCACUCAUUCUGCAUGCGCUUCUUCUUCAUCCCAUCAUGCUGCUCGCUCAUUCUGCAUGCGCUUCUUCUUCAUCCCAUCAUGCUGCUCACUCAUUCUGCAUGCGCUUCUUCUUCAUCCCAUCAUGCUGCUCACUCAUUCUGCAUGCGCUUCUUCUUCAUCCCAUCGUGCUGCUCACUCAUUCUGCAUGCGCUUCUUCUUCAUCCCAUCAUGCUGCUCACUCAUUCUGCAUGCGCUUCUUCUUCAUCCCAUCAUGCUGCUCGCUCAUUCUGCAUGCGCUUCUUCUUCAUCCCAUCAUGCUGCUCGCUCAUUCUGCAUGCGCUUCUUCUUCAUCCCAUCAUGCUGCUCACUCAUUCUGCAUGCGCUUCUUCUUCAUCCCAUCAUGCUGCUCACUCAUUCUGCAUGCGCUUCUUCUUCAUCCCAUCAUGCUGCUCACUCAUUCUGCAUGCGCUUCUUCUUCAUCCCAUCAUGCUGCUCACUCAUUCUGCAUGCGCUUCUUCUUCAUCCCAUCAUGCUGCUCACUCAGUCUGCAUGCGCUUCUUCUUCAUCCCAUCAUGCUGCUCACUCAUUCUGCAUGCGCUUCUUCUUCAUCCCAUCAUGCUGCUCACUCAUUCUGCAUGCGCUUCUUCUUCAUCCCAUCAUGCUGCUCACUCAUUCUGCAUGCGCUUCUUCUUCAUCCCAUCAUGCUGCUCACUCAUUCUGCAUGCGCUUCUUCUUCAUCCCAUCAUGCUGCUCACUCAUUCUGCAUGCGCUUCUUCUUCAUCCCAUCAUGCUGCUCACUCAUUCUGCAUGCGCUUCUUCUUCAUCCCAUCAUGCUGCUCACUCAUUCUGCAUGCGCUUCUCCUUCAUCCCAUCAUGCUGCUCACUCAUUCUGCAUGCGCUUCUUCUUCAUCCCAUCAUGCUGCUCACUCAUUCUGCAUGCGCUUCUUCUUCAUCCCAUCAUGCUGCUCACUCAUUCUGCAUGCGCUUCUUCUUCAUCCCAUCAUGCUGCUCACUCAGUCUGCAUGCGCUUCUUCUUCAUCCCAUCAUGCUGCUCACUCAUUCUGCAUGCGCUUCUUCUUCAUCCCAUCAUGCUGCUCACUCAUUCUGCAUGCGCUUCUUCUUCAUCCCAUCAUGCUGCUCACUCAUUCUGCAUGCGCUUCUUCUUGAUCCCAUCAUGCUGCUCACUCAUUCUGCAUGCGCUUCUUCUUCAUCCCAUCAUGCUGCUCACUCAUUCUGCAUGCGCUUCUUCUUGAUCCCAUCAUGCUGCUCACUCAUUCUGCAUGCGCUUCUUCUUGAUCCCAUCAUGCUGCUCACUCAUUCUGCAUGCGCUUCUUCUUCAUCCCAUCAUGCUGCUCACUCAUUCUGCAUGCGCUUCUUCUUCAUCCCAUCAUGCUGCUCACUCAUUCUGCAUGCGCUUCUUCUUCAUCCCAUCAUGCUGCUCGCUCAUUCUGCAUGCGCUUCUUCUUCAUCCCAUCAUGCUGCUCACUCAGUCUGCAUGCGCUUCUUCUUCAUCCCAUCAUGCUGCUCGCUCAUUCUGCAUGCGCUUCUUCUUCAUCCCAUCAUGCUGCUCACUCAGUCUGCAUGCGCUUCUUCUUCAUCCCAUCAUGCUGCUCACUCAUUCUGCAUGCGCUUCUUCUUCAUCCCAUCAUGCUGCUCGCUCAUUCUGCAUGCGCUUCUUCUUCAUCCCAUCAUGCUGCUCACUCAGUCUGCAUGCGCUUCUUCUUCAUCCCAUCAUGCUGCUCGCUCAUUCUGCAUGCGCUUCUUCUUCAUCCCAUCAUGCUGCUCACUCAGUCUGCAUGCGCUUCUUCUUCAUCCCAUCAUGCUGCUCACUCAUUCUGCAUGCGCUUCUUCUUCAUCCCAUCAUGCUGCUCACUCAUUCUGCAUGCGCUUCUUCUUCAUCCCAUCAUGCUGCUCACUCAUUCUGCAUGCGCUUCUUCUUCAUCCCAUCAUGCUGCUCACUCAUUCUGCAUGCGCUUCUUCUUCAUCCCAUCAUGCUGCUCACUCAUUCUGCAUGCGCUUCUUCUUCAUCCCAUCAUGCUGCUCACUCAUUCUGCAUGCGCUUCUUCUUCAUCCCAUCAUGCUGCUCACUCAUUCUGCAUGCGCUUCUUCUUCAUCCCAUCAUGCUGCUCACUCAUUCUGCAUGCGCUUCUUCUUCAUCCCAUCAUGCUGCUCACUCAUUCUGCAUGCGCUUCUUCUUCAUCCCAUCAUGCUGCUCACUCAGUCUGCAUGCGCUUCUUCUUCAUCCCAUCAUGCUGCUCACUCAUUCUGCAUGCGCUUCUUCUUCAUCCCAUCAUGCUGCUCACUCAGUCUGCAUGCGCUUCUUCUUCAUCCCAUCAUGCUGCUCACUCAUUCUGCAUGUGCUUCUUCUUCAUCCCAUCAUGCUGCUCACUCAGUCUGCAUGCGCUUCUUCUUCAUCCCAUCAUGCUGCUCACUCAUUCUGCAUGCGCUUCUUCUUCAUCCCAUCAUGCUGCUCACUCAGUCUGCAUGCGCUUCUUCUUCAUCCCAUCAUGCUGCUCACUCAUUCUGCAUGCGCUUCUUCUUCAUCCCAUCAUGCUGCUCACUCAUUCUGCAUGCGCUUCUUCUUCAUCCCAUCAUGCUGCUCACUCAGUCUGCAUGCGCUUCUUCUUCAUCCCAUCAUGCUGCUCACUCAUUCUGCAUGCGCUUCUUCUUCAUCCCAUCAUGCUGCUCACUCAUUCUGCAUGCGCUUCUUCUUCAUCCCAUCAUGCUGCUCACUCAGUCUGCAUGCGCUUCUUCUUCAUCCCAUCAUGCUGCUCACUCAUUCUGCAUGCGCUUCUUCUUCAUCCCAUCAUGCUGCUCACUCAGUCUGCAUGCGCUUCUUCUUCAUCCCAUCAUGCUGCUCACUCAGUCUGCAUGCGCUUCUUCUUCAUCCCAUCAUGCUGCUCGCUCAUUCUGCAUGCGCUUCUUCUUCAUCCCAUCAUGCUGCUCACUCAGUCUGCAUGCGCUUCUUCUUCAUCCCAUCAUGCUGCUCACUCAUUCUGCAUGCGCUUCUUCUUCAUCCCAUCAUGCUGCUCACUCAUUCUGCAUGCGCUUCUUCUUCAUCCCAUCAUGCUGCUCACUCAGUCUGCAUGCGCUUCUUCUUCAUCCCAUCAUGCUGCUCACUCAUUCUGCAUGCGCUUCUUCUUCAUCCCAUCAUGCUGCUCACUCAUUCUGCAUGCGCUUCUUCUUCAUCCCAUCAUGCUGCUCACUCAUUCUGCAUGCGCUUCUUCUUCAUCCCAUCAUGCUGCUCACUCAUUCUGCAUGCGCUUCUUCUUCAUCCCAUCAUGCUGCUCACUCAUUCUGCAUGCGCUUCUUCUUCAUCCCAUCAUGCUGCUCACUCAUUCUGCAUGCGCUUCUUCUUCAUCCCAUCAUGCUGCUCACUCAUUCUGCAUGCGCUUCUUCUUCAUCCCAUCAUGCUGCUCACUCAUUCUGCAUGCGCUUCUUCUUCAUCCCAUCAUGCUGCUCACUCAGUCUGCAUGCGCUUCUUCUUCAUCCCAUCAUGCUGCUCACUCAUUCUGCAUGCGCUUCUUCUUCAUCCCAUCAUGCUGCUCACUCAGUCUGCAUGCGCUUCUUCUUCAUCCCAUCAUGCUGCUCACUCAUUCUGCAUGUGCUUCUUCUUCAUCCCAUCAUGCUGCUCACUCAGUCUGCAUGCGCUUCUUCUUCAUCCCAUCAUGCUGCUCACUCAUUCUGCAUGCGCUUCUUCUUCAUCCCAUCAUGCUGCUCACUCAGUCUGCAUGCGCUUCUUCUUCAUCCCAUCAUGCUGCUCACUCAUUCUGCAUGCGCUUCUUCUUCAUCCCAUCAUGCUGCUCACUCAGUCUGCAUGCGCUUCUUCUUCAUCCCAUCAUGCUGCUCACUCAUUCUGCAUGCGCUUCUUCUUCAUCCCAUCAUGCUGCUCACUCAUUCUGCAUGCGCUUCUUCUUCAUCCCAUCAUGCUGCUCACUCAUUCUGCAUGCGCUUCUUCUUCAUCCCAUCAUGCUGCUCACUCAUUCUGCAUGCGCUUCUUCUUCAUCCCAUCAUGCUGCUCACUCAGUCUGCAUGCGCUUCUUCUUCAUCCCAUCAUGCUGCUCACUCAUUCUGCAUGCGCUUCUUCUUCAUCCCAUCAUGCUGCUCACUCAUUCUGCAUGCGCUUCUUCUUCAUCCCAUCAUGCUGCUCACUCAUUCUGCAUGCGCUUCUUCUUCAUCCCAUCAUGCUGCUCACUCAUUCUGCAUGCGCUUCUUCUUCAUCCCAUCAUGCUGCUCACUCAUUCUGCAUGCGCUUCUUCUUCAUCCCAUCAUGCUGCUCACUCAGUCUGCAUGCGCUUCUUCUUCAUCCCAUCAUGCUGCUCACUCAUUCUGCAUGCGCUUCUUCUUCAUCCCAUCAUGCUGCUCACUCAUUCUGCAUGCGCUUCUUCUUCAUCCCAUCAUGCUGCUCACUCAUUCUGCAUGCGCUUCUUCUUCAUCCCAUCAUGCUGCUCACUCAUUCUGCAUGCGCUUCUUCUUCAUCCCAUCAUGCUGCUCACUCAUUCUGCAUGCGCUUCUUCUUCAUCCCAUCAUGCUGCUCACUCAGUCUGCAUGCGCUUCUUCUUCAUCCCAUCAUGCUGCUCACUCAUUCUGCAUGCGCUUCUUCUUCAUCCCAUCAUGCUGCUCACUCAUUCUGCAUGCGCUUCUUCUUCAUCCCAUCAUGCUGCUCACUCAUUCUGCAUGCGCUUCUUCUUCAUCCCAUCAUGCUGCUCACUCAUUCUGCAUGCGCUUCACAUCAAACCGUCACCUGCCCCUUCUCUCCCUCGGAGCUUACUCCUCCCCACCACUUUCUUUGUGCACGCUCCUCCCCACCUCCACCACUUUCUUUGUGCUCCCCUCGCUCUCUGGCCUCGGGUUCUUCACCUACUCUCAUUCUGGUGCGACUUUUGAGAAUUCUCAAAAGGUGCGACUUUUGAGAAUCUCAUUCAAGAAGGCUUGCCACGCCUCUUGGUAUCUCCAACGCCUCUUGCUCUCUGCUCUCUACCUUCUCUCAUUCAAGAAGGCUUGCCACGCCUCUUGGUAUCUCCAACGCCUCUUGCUCUCUGCUCUCUACCUUGUCUCAUUCAAGAAGGCUUGCCACGCCUCUUGGUAUCUCCAACGCCUCUUGCUCUCUGCUCUCUACCUUCUCUCAUUCAAGAAGGCUUGCCACGCCUCUUGGUAUCUCCAACGCCUCUUGCUCUCUGCUCUCUACCUUCUCUCAUUCAAGAAGGCUUGCCACGCCUCUUGGUAUCUCCAACGCCUCUUGCUCUCUGCUCUCUACCUUCUCUCAUUCAAGAAGGCUUGCCACGCCUCUUGGUAUCUCCAACGCCUCUUGCUCUCUGCUCUCUACCUUCUCUCAUUCAAGAAGGCUUGCCACGCCUCUUGGUAUCUCCAACGCCUCUUGCUCUCUGCUCUCUACCUUCUCUCAUUCAAGAAGGCUUGCCACGCCUCUUGGUAUCUCCAACGCCUCUUGCUCUCUGCUCUCUACCUUCUCUCAUUCAAGAAGGCUUGCCACGCCUCUUGGUAUCUCCAACGCCUCUUGCUCUCUGCUCUCUACCUUCUCUCAUUCAAGAAGGCUUGCCACGCCUCUUGGUAUCUCCAACGCCUCUUGCUCUCUGCUCUCUACCUUCUCUCAUUCAAGAAGGCUUGCCACGCCUCUUGGUAUCUCCAACGCCUCUUGCUCUCUGCUCUCUACCUUCUCUCAUUCAAGAAGGCUUGCCACGCCUCUUGGUAUCUCCAACGCCUCUUGCUCUCUGCUCUCUACCUUCUCUCAUUCAUGCACGCCCCGCCCGACGUCUACGAUUCCCUCUGUGCCCCCCUCCGUCCCCUUUUCUUUGCCGGGGAAGCCACAUCCCGUCCCCACCCCGGCACUGUUCACUGCGCGUUCUCCACUGGGCGGCAAGCAGCAAGAGAGGCGGCGGAAUUCGUCCGGUUGCUGAGUUUCGGUGAUGGGUUGGAGAAUGCAGGGAAUGAUGUGAGCAAGAAACACAUGGUGCUGCUGCCACUGUCAGAGUUGGAAGGAGGGGUGGAAGGGGAUGACAGCAAGCCGUCUGGGGAGGAAGCUUGUUAA